AUGAAACAUAGAAAAUACAUACUAGACACUGUAAUGCUUUGGAGGCGUAUUUUAUUGACAGGCAGAAAAAAAAGUGCUUUGGUUUUCUAAAUUAAUGAGAAUUUAAUUAAGAACAAUAAAAACACUUUGUUCAUUUUUUGUUUUAUUUUUUGUGCCCAGUUUUUCAGAUUUUUAACAAGAUAAGUAUCUCACAAUACAAGAUAACUAGAUGUUGAAUUAACGUGGCAGUCAUCUCAGAAUAGUGACAUAAUUUUUUUGUAAGUAUAAAAAAAAUCUGCCCCUUUGUUUCUGAAUCAUCCAAUCAAUUAUCUUAGAAUUAGGAGAAAAAAUGUUUCUCUAAAUUAACAUGAUAAUUAUUAAAAACAAAUUAAAUUUUAUAUACAUUAUAAAAAUUUUCAACGAAUAUCAGGUUAUUCUUUGAUAAACAUCCUAUUGGAAAACAUCUGAAGCUCCUCUGCACUCCAGCGCCCUCCUGUGGUUGUGUUCUUUAGUAUCGUGAAUGCUUCUGCGCAUGUGCAGUCCCCGGCUUCAUAUCCAGCUGACCGUGCAGCAGAAUUUAAACAGACACCUGUCUUUUCGGUGAGUUUGAAUGAGAUUAUCGUGAUUUUUCGGUUGAAUUGCUCACGCGGAAUUCACUUACUAUCCCCUUUUCACGCGGUGUCACGGUUUAUGCGUGUAAUUAAACACGGUUUCCGGGUAUUUGACGUUUAUUUAACGACGUCCCUCGUGCUAAUUGUGUACUGUAUAGUAGCCGUACUGUACUUAAAGGCAAAGUUUGCUUAAGGAGUGUUUUAUUGACUGUUGUAAAAGAAUAUCUAAGUCCAACUAAGUGUUGUAUAUCUGGCCUGAAGGUCAUGGUGAUAAUUCUGCAUCUUUAUUACCAAUCAAAUAGGGGAGAGUGGGGUCAGUUGAGCCAAAGGGUAAGUUGAGCCACCCCCUGUUGCUUGGAAAUGGUCGAAGAAAUUAAUAUAUUAAUAUAUAGAAAAUAAUACCGAAAUAUGAAAAAUGGCUCAUCUUACCCCACUCUCCCCGACUAUGUGGAGCAGCAACAGGGUGAGUUUAUGAGUCUUAAAUGCUUUUAACAGCACAGGCAGUUAGGGGACAACACAGGAGAAGAGGUUAUGUUAUCCAAAUAAUAAGAUCUACAGUAUAUUAAUAGAAGUUUGAGAUAGUCCGGAGCUACAUGUACUUGUACCUACAUGUAGGCCACCGUAGCUUUGCCAAUGGGAGCAUUCCAGUGUAGAACCAGACUGGCAAACAUUGAAAAAUCUCCCUUUUUUCAUACUGCACCUUUAACAGUCAUCAACGCCUAGCCUCAUUUUCAUUUUCAUACUUCGUUCCAUUCAGUUAUUAUUUAAAACAUGUGAAUGAAAAGGAGCAAAAAGAAGAAAACUCUUACAGAGUCUGCCCCUCAUUCAUAAUAUACAAAUCAACUAAACACAUUAUAAAAAUAAACAAGAGCUGCAGGCCAACAUGCCUUUUUACAGUUCAGUAUUUCUUAUUUUCAAUUUAAAAAAAAACACAAAAUGAACAGAGAAGACCGUGUUAAUUCACAUUUUUUCACAAAACAAACAUACCAAGACUUAGAUUAGCAUAUCAAUCAAUCAAUCAGUCUUUACAGCCAAAUACCCAAAUCUACCCCAGCCUAACCCCUCAUUCCCAACCCACGAUCUAAAUGCAUCAGAAACAGUAUUAAAAUGCAUCAACUUAAAAAGGGCUUGAUUUCAUGGAAACAGGUAUGUGCGCACUGAGGAAACGUCAUUUUAAAACUCAAGGUAAGGAAACACUGGAGGUUUAGGUUAAAAUCUAAAAACAAAGUCGCAUAGAAUGAAAUUUGAGAAAUAAAUAAAAUGAGAUAAAAACAACAGUAAAAGAUACUAAAAUAAGAGCACUGAAAUAGCUCAAUAAAAGAUGAUCCUAGAAAGAGAUACAUGCUGAAACACUUAAACAAAGUUAAUUAAUGAUAUAUAAUUUAGUUAAAAGCAAGACUGAAAAGCAUGCAUGGCAUGUCCGGGUCCUGCACAGGUGGAUGACAGAGAAUUGUCGUUUUUAACCUGUUUUUAAAUCACAAACUGAAGUUUUAUCUGUUGACGUACCGUGUUUUCAUAUUUCCCUGUAUUUACUCAACAUACUGGCUUUGACACUUUUUUUGAAGAUCAAAUUUGAUUUAGAUUCUUAAGUUUCUUUGUUCAGAUUGCUCCACAAACUUAUUCCUCUCACUGUAACUCUGCGCUCUUUCAGUUUAGUCCUGAAUCUUGGCUUUUUAAAUAUUUCAAAUCCUUUUAAAUUAGAACAACUUUCUCGUUUUUCAAAUCGGCUCUGGAUGUUGACUGGCAAAAAUUUUCCUAUGAGCUUUCUACAUCAUCUGCAACAAACUGAAAUCUACUAACUCAUUGAAUUUCAACAACUACAAUUGAACAAAUAAUGGGUUUAAAGAAUCUCUGUCUUGACUUCUUUUUGGUUUUUUUUCACUUUUAUUCCAUUAAUAUGUGAUUUCCAGGUCAAUUUAUCAUCAAUCUUAACGCCUUAAAAAUAUUAUUUCAUUUACUCUUUUGAUUUCUUGUUUAUUUUGCAGAUACGUCUAUCCUCCUGUGUCCACAUGACGCAUGUCUUCGUCUACGGCACCCUCAAGAGGGGUCAACCCAACAACUACCGCAUGUUUAAGAGCUCCAACGGCAAGGCGGAGCUCCUGGCCUCAGCCUGCACCACAGAGAAAUACCCUCUGAUCAUCGCCACCAAGCACAACAUCCCCUUCUUGCUCAACCUCCCCGGCCAGGGUCACCGGGUCCGCGGGGAGAUCUAUAAAGUGGAUGACAAGAUGCUGGCCUUCCUGGAUGACUUUGAGAGCUGCCCCUCCAUGUACCAGCGGACUGUGGUGAAGCUGGAGGUGGAGGAGUGGUUGGGGGUGGAGGAGAAGGAGAGGCUGGCGGUGGGGAGCAUCACAGAAGCGUUUGUGUACAGCACGACGGCGUACCAGCCUGACUGGCCUUCGCUGUCGAGCUACGCGGACUACGACGCGUAUGGAGAUCACGGGCUUGAGUACGAGACGCGAGAGUCACGAGAACGACGGGACAGUGUGGAGGAAGAAGAUUAGAUCAAAUAUGGUAGAUAGAAAACUUAACACCUGGACUGAUCCUUCUUCGUAUCCUGUGGUCCAGGUCUUAACUUUACAAACACUCCUAAUGGUUCUGAUUGUAGCUUCAGAUUUACUGUACCAUAUUUUUCGCACUAUGAGGCGCACCUGAUUAUCAAUGAAACCGUCUAUUUGUGUCUAUUUUCAUAAGGCACACCGGAUUAUAAAGCGCAUUAAGCCAAACAAAACAGUCAAUAACUCCGCGAGGCUACGGUAUCUGCAGUGCUUCUAAGUGCGCCUUAUAGUACGAAAAAUACGGUAAGUUCAAAUUUUUUAACAGUUUUAUCUUAAUUUAUUAAAAGCUGAUUAACCGUACACCAUGUGACAAUGAAUCCACAGUUUGCAAGAGGCAGUAAUCAUGUGAACGAUAUACUGACUUACCGUAAAAUCCACUCGCUUCGUGAGACCGGCAGCUUUCCGGCAAUAAGCUCUGUGUUUCUGGACAUCAGGGGGCUUUUCUAUCAGAAAAGAUCAGUGUAUUUUCAGAGGCUGUCUAAGGUGACCUAUAAAGGUGCAUUAAUUUCAGAAGUUAUGUGUAAUUUCUGAUGUUAGCAAACUCAGGCUAUGUUCACACUUCAAGUCAAUUCCGAUUUUUUAACCAUGGGUGACACAUAUCUGAUUUUUUCAUGAAAGUGUGAACAGUGCAACUCAGAUUUUUUCUAAUCCGACCCAGGCCUCUUUUGUAUGUGGAUAUAAAUCGGAUAUGUAUCUGAUGUGACUGCAGUGUGGACGCUCAGGUCGCGUUCAUCCGACACAUACGUCAUCAAUGUGUGUCGUCCUGCUUUGUGCGCAUGUCACUUAACGGAUGCAUUCCGUUCACAUUAGACGCUGCAUUCGAUGUUGUAAUGUGAACGACCUCACAAAAAGAUCGGCUUUAACAAAAAAUCGGAAUUGUGCAUCAUAACCUGCAGUGUGAACGUAGCCUAAGUGAACGGCAGGGAUCGGUAUGAAUGAAAUAUUGAAAAUUCCGACUUUAAUCUUAAAAAUCGGACUUUCUUGGAGAAGUGGCAUAAACCAGAACUGUGCAAAAACAUUCUCAGGGUUUGGUAAUGGUGUGAUCUGUUUACAUUUACAAAACAUAAGAAACACGUCAUUUAAUCUCAAGAGGGAAUUUUGAACAAUUUUCUUGAAUCUGUAAUUUUUGGUGUUUGAGUUUUCCUCAAUUGUUAACCUCAUUUUCUCUUUUGUUGUCGUCCUUACCCGUUUCCUUCUUGAUUAAAAGACAGAUUUAAAAAAAACUUGAA